AUGAAAGCCUUGGAAUUAGCUUUGAUUGGCACAGAUGAUGGAAAAAUAUCACAACUGAGAAGAGAAGUUCUUGACAGUUGGAAUGUUUAUGAAAAGGAACUUAGUGAUAUUGAUGUGUUCGAUCAGGAACAGCAAACACAGCUCCAACGAUCAUGCCGACAGAGCCGACAAGAGCUGGAUUUAAUACUGGAGCAAGUUAGCCAGCGAAUUGGAGCGAUCGACGAAACUCUAUCGUUGACGCGCUCACAAAGUCGCCAUAGUGCUGCGUCAUCCGAACGCAAACGACAGCGGGCAGAGCUGAAAUUAGCGCAUAUCCGCAGACGUGAAGAUUUAGAAAGACGGCAACAAGAUCUUGAAUUUCAGCAAGCAGAAAUAAGGCGUGAAAUGGAGAAAAUCGCGGUUGAGAACGAUCUGGCUAGGAUCGAAAUUGAAGACGACAGCGGAAGUUCAAGCAGUAAUAGUGUUGCGUCGAACAAUGUAGUUCUGCCCGAAAUGAGGCAGAGUACUAGAGAAAAGACAGAGGCGUACGUGCGAAGUCUUUCCGACGUAACCCCUACUCUUGGUCAGCCGGAAUUAAACGUAGUUGCAGCAUCCAAUCCCAAACCCAGUGACAAUGAUCUUUUCAAUGGAUUUAUGGCUAUGACAUCUAGUGUACAGGAAAGUUUGAACUUACCAAAACCAGAGUUACUGACAUUUAGUGGAAAUCCAGCGGAUUAUUGCAAGUUUAUCAAAAACUUUGAAACAAACAUUGAAAUGAGAGUGAAGGACAAUAGAUUAAGACUUAGUUACUUAGUGCAAUUUUGUAAUGGUGAUGCUCGUCGUAGCAUCGAAGAUUGUGUUGUUUUGCCAUCAGAUGAGGGGUAUGUAAGAGCGAAACAAAUCCUCCAAGGCAGGUAUGGUAAGCCUCACUUAGUUGCUAGGUCCCAUGUUGAACGACUGAUUGAUGGUAGCCCUGUUAAACCUAAUGACGUACAAGGCCUCAUGAAUUUGUCGCUCGACAUGGAAAAAUGUCAAAUAACACUUUCGCAAAUAGGAUUUGUUUCUGAUAUCAAUAAUACUGAAAAUCUCAAGAAAAUAGUUAGGCGACUACCCAUGCAUAUUCGGUCAAAAUGGGCCGAACGCGCUAGUAAGCUGAUCGAGCAGGGAUCCGAACCGAAUUUCAAUGACCUGCUCACCUUUGUCCACGAGCGAGCUAUAGUAGCAAACACAAUGUAUGGUCAAGACUUAGCCAGUGCGUCAAAAGGCAUGUAUACGGCAAAGGUUAAAUCUGCACCCAAAGGCACUUCUCCUCGAGAUAAAUAUGUCACGCUAUCUACUUCUACUUCUGGUAAUUAUUCAGGCAAUGAGACACCUCUGUAUCGCCAGAGAAGUUUAUCUUGCGUUUUCUGUAAAGAGGCUCAUAAACUGAUGCACUGCGAAAAAUUUAGAUUAAUUGAAUUAGGAGAAAAAUUAAAGGUUAUCAGAAAGCACAAGAUGUGCGAAAAUUGUCUGAAUUUUAAACACCUGGCUAAAUUUUGUCGCAAAAGUAGUUGUUGCGGGAUUAAUGGGUGUAAUGAAAAGCAUCAUACGAUGCUUCAUAGUACUUUGAAUCAAGACGAAAGUCAGACAUCGGGGAACAGUAAUUGUUGUGCUACGAAUGAUCCACGGAAGAAUAAGGUAAGUUUGCGUAUUGUGCCAGUUAUUAUCGAAAAUGGGCCUGUGCAUGUAAAAACAUACGCCUUAUUGGAUGAGGGUAGCGAUGUUACAUUGUGUAUGGAAGGGUUAAUUAGGAAAUUGGGAGCUACAGGUACACCCCGAGAGUUUAGCAUCACAACCGUUAAUAAGUCUUCCGAACGUAGGAAUGGGGUUGAACUGAGUUUUAAGGUAAGUUCUAUUGAUAGAAGCGAGACGGUGACCUUGAAUAAGGUAUGGUCAGUUGAUCGCCUACCUAUUUCACUUAGAUCACUCCCUGAUUGUUCGCAGGUUGGAAAGUGGAAGCAUUUAGCAGAUAUAAGCUUGCCACGGAUUAAACAAGGUCAGGUAGAGUUAUUGAUUGGCAGCGACACCCCAGAGGCGUUCUGGGUAGAGGAAGAAAGGAGAGGAAAUAGAGGUGAGCCGUACGCUAUACGGUCGAUUCUAGGUUGGAGUAUACUUGGGCCGACAGGUAAGACUGUUUUGUCUACAGAUAUGAAUGUAAACUUCCAACAGACUUCUAGUGUGCAAGAGGAGAUUGAUAGGUUAUGGAAAACCGACUUUCCGGAAUGCAGAUUAGACAACAGCACAGGUAUGUCGUCUGAAGAUCGCCGUGCACUAUCAAUCAUGGAAAGAACAAUAGAGAAAGAUGGCGGACAUUACAAGAUCGGACUACCAUGGCGCGAUGAAAACGUGAAUUUACCAAAUAACAGAGUGUUGGCAUCUACCAGACUUGCGUAUUUGAAACGCAAACUUCAAGGUAAUGAGGAUUUAUAUACAAUGUACCGAAGCACGAUGAAUGAUUAUAUUACAAAUGGGUAUGCUACUCCUGUUACAGAUGCAGACGUAAUGGAAACUGGUAAGGUUUGGUAUCUUCCGCACCAUCCAGUUAUCAACCCAAAGAAGCCAGGAAAGGUAAGAAUAGUAUUUGACUGUGCAGCUAAGUAUAGAGGUACGUCGUUGAAUGAUAACAUUUUGCAGGGUCCAGAUCUUAUGAAUAGCAUUGUAGGAGUGCUGAUACGAUUCCGAGAGGAACCUGUCGCUCUUGUAGCGGAUAUUGAGGCAAUGUUUCACCAGGUAAAGGUACAAGACAGUGAUAGGAACUCACUUCGAUUUCUGUGGUGGCCUGACGGUGAUCUAGAAAAAGAGCCGUGUGAAUACUGUAUGACUGUCCAUUUAUUUGGAGCAACGUCGUCGCCUAGUUGUGCAGCAUACAGUCUUAGACGUACAGCAAGUGAUAACGCUAAGGAGUUUAGUGAUGAUACAGUGAAAACGAUAGAACGCAACUUUUACGUCGAUGACCUUUUGAAGUCAGUGACAGAUGCAAAGGUAGGUAUAAAACUUUCUUCUGAACUCCGAGAUAUCUUAUCUAGAGGAGGGUUUAGGUUAACAAAGUGGUUAUCUAAUAAUAAGGAAAUCAUGGAUUCGAUUCCAGACAUGGAGAGGACAGGCUCGACAACGAAGAUCGACCUUGAAACUACCCCACGAGUUGAACGUGCUCUUGGCCUGCAGUGGCACAUAGAUAAAGAUCAGUUUGCAUUUGAUGUAAGUCUUCAACAAAAGAGUCAUACGAGACGUGGUAUAUUAUCUGUUGCAAGUUCAUUGUAUGACCCCCUCGGUUUUGUUGCACCGGUGACUCUUAUUCCAAAGUUGGUCUUACAGAAUGCUUGCAGACAACAAUUACAGUGGGAUGAAAGGGUAUCUGAAGCCGACGCCGAAAAGUGGUCUCAGUGGUUAAUGAAUCUUCCAGAAUUGUCAAAGGUAAGUAUUGACAGGUGCUUGAAGCCAGGCAAGUUAGACAAAUCUUCCAAGAUAGAGUUACACAUGUUCAGUGAUGCAUCUGAACAGGCGUACGGAUCAGCGGUGUAUGUGAAGAUUUACGACGCCGAAGGAAACAGUAAGUGUAGUCUCGUUAUGGGAAAAUCCCGGUUGGCGCCGAUCAAAUCUAUUUCAAUACCUAGGCUGGAGCUAGCUGCAGCAGUGCUUGCUGUGAAGUUGUAUCGGUUAGUGAAACAGGAGUUAGAUUUGAAUAUAGAUAAAAGAUACUUCUGGACAGAUUCUAUGAUCGUUCUAGGGUACAUCCAGAAUGAGAAAAGACGAUUCAAGACUUUCGUUGCCAAUAGACUGGCAAUUAUUCAUGAUGUAACAACGCCGCAGGACUGGAGGUACGUACCUACAAAGGAAAAACCUGCUGACUUGGCAUCAAGGGGCGUGCACCCUCACGAAACGGAUAAGCUCUCAACGUGGCUUAGAGGUCCAGAAUUUCUGCAGUCCGAUAGUUCACACUGGCCAGGAACCCCAGGCCUAGUGACGAUAGAUGUUAAUGAUACAGAAUUAAAGACAGAGGUUAGUACGCACGUGACACAAGGUAAGUGUGAUAAGGGAAUAAGUGAUCUUUUGACAAAGUAUUCCGACUGGUAUAAACUACAACGAGCUGUAGCUUACAUUCUUAGGUUCAAACAGUACUUCUUUCAAAGGAACUCGAGGUCAAAAGAAAGUACUGGAAUUUCAGUAAAACGCGGGAGUUUGACUGUAUGUGAGAUUCGAGAAGCGACCAAAGCUAUUCUCAUGUUUGUACAAGGGAAUGCGUUCGAUAUUGAAAUAAACAGUGUCAUGAAAACAGGUCGUGUUCCAAAAGUAAGUUCUCUUACCAAAUUAAGCCCCGUUUACAUAGGAAGUCUCCUGAGAGUCGGCGGACGACUUGAUAAUUCCAACUUACACAGUGAUGUGAAGCACCCGAUUAUUUUGCCAAACAAUCACCAUGUGACGAGGAUUCUGAUUAGGAAAUAUCAUGAAAUCAAUGCGCACAUGGUCGCUCACCACAUUCUGUCAUUGGUUAGACAGAAAUACUGGAUUGUCCACGGACUUAAAACUGUGAAGUCGGAACUGAGCAAAUGUAUUGAAUGCAAGCGAAGACUACAACGUCCUCAAACGCAACAGAUGGGACAACUUCCAGCCGAGAGACUCACGCCAGACAAAGCACCGUUUACGUACGUUGGCGUUGAUUAUUUCGGUCCGAUGUAUGUGAAAUCUGGUAGGAGGCAUCUGAAAAGGUAUGGCUGUUUGUUCACUUGCUUGACUACCAGGGCGGUACAUAUAGAAAUAGCCCACAGUCUUGACACGGAUUCGUUUAUAUGUGCCUUACAGCGGUUUGUAAGCCGUCGAGGACGCCCCGUAAAGAUCUUCAGUGAUAACGGAACAAAUCUCAGAGCAGGAGAAAGGGAGUUACGAGAAUCAGUUCAGCAAUGGAACCAAAGUCGCUUGUCUAAAUAUUUCCUUCAAGAGACGAUUGACUGGUACUUUAAUCCCCCUUAUGCAAGUCACAUGGGUGGUGUUUGGGAAAGGUUGGUAAGAUCAGUCAAAAAUGCGGUAAAAUCGGUUAUUCGUGAACAGCUUCUGGGUGACGAAGCUUUAAUGACACUGAUGACAGAAGUCGAAAAAAUACUGAAUGAUCGACCAAUAACUCAGGUAAGUGAUGACUCACGUGACCCACUGCCGUUAUCUCCAAACAAACUUCUUAUUCUGCGCUCAAACUCGUGCAUACCACCUGGUUUGUUUGAGAAGGACGAUAGCUAUUGCAAGCGUUGGUGGAGACAAGUUCAGUAUCUUGCAAACAUAUUUUGGAGAAGAUGGACGAAAGAGUACAUACCCUGUUUGCAGGUAAGACAAAAAUGGCACAAUGUACAGAGAAAUUUGAUGGUAAAUGACCUUGUGCUUGUCUGUGACGAACCGUCUACACGCGGUCGCUGGCCUCUAGGACGUGUGCUUGAGGUUAGUAAAGGGAGAGACGGACUUGUGCGGUCAUGCAGGGUUAGGGUAAAUGGUUCAGAGAAAGUAAGACCGAUUUCAAGUUUGUGUAUUCUCGAGCAACGUGUUUUAUAA